AUGGAAGAAAAUAAGGAUAAAAAUAUUUCCAACUCUACCGCAUGGGUGGGCUCAAAAAGUGUGAAGUGUAUCAACAAUGUAAAUAUUCCCAGAAACACCUCUCAAACUAUAGUUCUUAUCAUCUUUGACCAAGCAGAAAACUACUAUGGUGCUUUCCGCAAUGAAAUGAUAGUCAAUAUUCCGGUAUUUAGAGCCUACGGUCAUGGCGAGUUCCUAGGAAUUUCGAAAUGUGUGAAAUGUUUUGAAGGUACAUUUCCACUGAACUCUGGUGUUGCUGUACUCAGCUUCGACAGCGAACAUGAAGCUAUGAGUUGUUUGCAGUCGAAAACUCAAAUACGUGAAUCUGACUGGAUGGGAGUUCCUGAAAUGUACAUUGUUCCACUAUACUGGAAUAUCUUGCAAAUUGACUUCUACGAUAUAAAGAAUGGUGUGAACUUUACGAAGUACUUGAAUGCCCUUGAGGAAGUUGUCCGUAAUAAUGGUGGUUUAAUUGUUGCUGGAACUACAAACAUGACGCGAUUCAGAGGUGUCGGCAGACCAGCUUAUGUCCUUAUCUAUCAAUGGAAUAACAUCUGUCAAGCCCAAAAAUUCAACAAAGAAGUGGACAGUCUUUUAACUAAUGCUGGAGCGGCUUGUUCAACUCGUGCUGUUAUAGACAUGGAUCCCUAUGAUAAUCGCAGCUUAGAUUAA